UCCACAAACUAUAAAUAGUGACGCAUAUACAUGUUUUAACAGAUUCUUAAGGGGUGAAGAUGACAGAAGUAAAGAGUUGGGCAUUUUGGAGGGCUGUGGCUGCAGAGUUUGUUGGGAUGUUACUGUUCAUACUUAUUGGCCUAUCCUCUAUUGUUGGAAUAGGUCUGGGCAAUGAUAAAAAUCAGAUGAUUGCUCAGGAAAUAAAGGUCUCGUUGGCCUUUGCACUAGCCAUUGCCACACUGGCUCAGAGUUUGGGGCACAUCAGUGGAGCACACUUGAACCCUGCGGUCACCCUGGGCCUCCUGGUCAACUGCCAGAUCAGUGCACUCAGAUGUGCGUUCUACAUCCUCGCUCAAAUGCUUGGGGCAAUUGCAGCCAGCGCUGUUGUGAAUGGAUAUAAGCCUGGAGAAUCUCUUGGUGUUAAUGCGCUAAAUGUUAGUGUAGGAGCAGGUUUUGCCAUCGAAUUCUUUGCCACCCUUCAGCUGGUUCUGUGUAUCAUAGCAGUGACUGACAAGCGAAGGACUGAUGUUACAGGCUCUGCACCCUUGGCUAUUGGGCUGUCGGUGGGACUUGGGCAUUUAACAGCUAUAAGUUUCACUGGAUGUGGCAUCAACCCUGCUCGUUCCUUUGGGCCGGCUUUGAUACUGGGCAAAAUGAAAAACCACUGGGUGUACUGGCUGGCACCGAUGUGUGGUGGCAUAGCGGCAUCUCUUAUCUAUGAUUUCCUUCUAUAUCCACAAACACGCAACUUUAGUAGUCGCAUUGGCAUCCUGGUUCACGGUCCACAAGAAGAAUAUGUGGAGAGAAAUGGAGAGGAAAACAAUAGUCCGGGGCCAAGUCACUGGCCAAAACAGUGA